GUGAAACAUUCGAACUGUAUAGCCGUGAUCUGUAUUUUGAAUUCAUUUUAAAUCCCAUCCAUCGCACAUACAUCUGUUUCAGUCAAUCAGAGUUCUUAGAAGCACAAACUUCGUUUGGCAGUGUUGUUGUGAAUUUUUAUGAUAUUUGUAAGCUAUUCGUUAUCAACAAAAGGAAGGCAAAUGAUCCUUUUAACAUUAUUAGGAUUGUUUAUAUUGGGGAACAAUGUCUACGGAUGUAAUAUACCCACCAGGCAUUACACAACCAUGAAAUGUGUCCCCAUGGAAAUCAACAAGUCAGGUUGUCCAUCUAGAUUCGAGUGCCCAAGUUUGACCAAUCAUGACAACUCCAAGUGUUAUUUCAAUGGUAAAACGUAUGUUCUUAACGAACAGGUUCCACAGGAGUUAGUAAGCCCAUAUUGUUCGGCCCUGUGUUACUGCAGAAGUGGUUCCCCAUUUGCUCAGUUUCGAUGUACACAUAUAGAUUGCGCCGAGUUCUUCCACCGUUUCGAUUAUGAGAACUGUAUUCGCACAUACAAGCCCAAUAGCUGUUGCUCUUCGGGUUCAGUCUGUGGAGAUGAUAAGAAAAAACUGGCCGAAUGCACCACCAAUGAUGAAUCAUACUUAGCAGGGCAACGAAUGCAUCCUUCUUCAGAUAAAUGCUUAACAUGUAUUUGCCACUCAGGUUUCAAUGAAACAAACAUUACGAACGAUCCAAACUGCUACGAAUCGAUUUGCGGAUUUGAGUUGUUCUAUGCCAAGCAUGUCUAUAAUGGUGGAGCUCCAGUAUAUUAUGGAGAUCGUUGCUGCCCGUGGGAGUGGAGGAUGCCCAAGGACUCAGACCGGUUGGCGAAUGACAAAACCAAUGAGAAGGUUAAAGAUUCCACUCUUCAAUGCAAGUACGGCAAAUUGACAAUGAGCGUGGGUGAUUCGUUAGUGCCAGAAGUAACGGAUCAAUACACAUACAAAUGCUCUUGUCAAAUCCCACCUUUGGCGCAGUGCACAAUGACGAAGAACAAUAAAGAAUAAACAUGUUGAAUUUUUGUUCUGAAACCAAUUUAUACGAAAGAUGUAAAAUAAACUAUCCUCGAAAUACACAGUUGGGAAUGAAUGCCAGAAGAA